CAUUUCAGUGCCGCCUAGAGGCCGGUGACGUAGACCUCUGGAACUGGUGCACAGAAGGAGCAGCAGUACAGGCGGAAUCUGUGACAACAUGCUCACGUGUUUUCACAUGUUGCUUUACAUGUUGUCACAUUAACUUCCCCUAAGAUUUCGUGAUCACAUGAAAACGUGUUUUCGGAACACGAAAUUAAUGUGGUUUUUCCGUAAGGGAAAUGUCAGAGCAUAGGUUGAACCAAGCGGGAAGCAAGGAUAUACGAUCUAUUAAGUUCAAACUGAGUCCACAAUGUGCAGCAGGAGCAAGGUCAGGAAAGGCUUGUGAAACAGGCAUUUCCGCAUCCAAAUUAUGAUGAAUAUAAUGAUAUCAUGCUACUCAAGCUGGAGGUGAUUGCAGUUUUCACCGACCAUGUGAGACCCAUUGGCCUCCCGCUGACAAAAGAUGAGGUGUCCAAGGACUGUCUGGUGUCAGGCUGGGGACACACUAUCAGGAAUGUAAAGCAAGGCUCUCCUGUGCUUCAGGACCUCAAUGUGACACUGGAUGAGAAUCAACUUUGCUCUGACAACCAUCAGGUCUGCUCAUCAGGAAUAAAUGGACCUGCUCAGGGAGACUCUGGUGGUCCAUUAGUCUGUAAUGGUGUGGCCUAUGGGGUGGUGUCUACCAAGACUAGAAACAACACCUACAUCUACGUGCGCAUCCCUGACUUCCUGGACUAGAUCAAUGACACCAUGAAGAAUUGAUAUGUCACUGACCAGAAACAUUUUGUUAAUUUAGUCAACCAGGUGCCUAGAACAUGACUAUGAUACUGUAAAGAAUCCUAAUGUGCGUAUCAUGCUUUCUGAUUGAUUUACCAGUGCUGGUUAAUGUCUUUGCCCGGAGCCGCCUCUUCCUAAUACUUUUUUUUUUCUUUCCCAGUGGAGUUCUCAACUUACUGAUGAGAGUUUGAAAAGUAGAAUACACAAGGUGCCAUUUCGAAAUUUGGUUGUGCAUCAGUAGUUUUUUAAAAUUUAUCUCAGUCACUGACAGUCAUUCAAUUAACCCAUACUAGCUAAACAAUUUGUAUUGCUAGGUAAGGUAGUCUAGCCAGCUAUCUAAACCUUGUAGAUGGCCUAAUCAUCACCAAAUUACCGACCGGGCACGUAGGGCAUGUACCCAGGGGCCCUGACCUCUAGAGGCCCCCAUUGAUUUGUUAGUCACUCUCACACAGGUAUCACAUUUUUGAAUUUUGAAUAUUUAUUAGUGAUCCCCAUUAGCUGUUGCCAAGGCAGCAGCUACUCUUCCUGGGGUCCAAACACAUUAAGGCACUUACCUCACACAAAACAAAAGAUAAAACAGUACUUCAUAUAACAUUAUUACACCACUAGAUAUCUACAAUAUAAAAUGUAUAAUACCACCAUACAACAAUAUUACAACGUACAUGUGUGUAGAGUGCAUGUGCUAGUGUUUGUGUGCGUAUGUGUGUCUGUACCUGUGUAUCUCUUCACGAUACCUGCUGUUCAAAAAGGUCUAUUUUCCUCUAUUAAAAAAAAAA